AUGGCUCGACGAAAUGGGGACUUGACGUCUCUCGGCGACCGACAUGGGUCCAAAAGUUCGACUAGUAGCUGGCAUUCUCAGUCAACAAUAAGGGAUGGACAGGCUGAGACUGAUAUACAGAAUGGGAAUCGCAACAGUAAUGGAUCAGCGCAACACUCUAAUGGGAAUAGAGUCCACUCUGGUCGAUCGUCCAACCUGCCCCCCCCCGAACUUUAUACAUCUAUGUUUUCCCAAUCUCCUUCAAUAUCUCCAACCGACCAACGCAAGCCUAGCUUAGGAAAUCAUCGCAAGGCAUUAGCAGUCUUGGGCGCCGACGACUACUUCUCUUUGAAUUCACAACCACCCCCGUCCUCUUCCUCUGGCUCUUAUCAACUGGCUUUGAACCCGAUAGCUCAUGAUUCUUUUGGUUCAGGGUGGCCAUCAUCAGCAAAAAGUGGAUUAUCAAAUCCAAAUUCCGGCACUUUCCUGCAGGAUUCCUCGGAGCAUGAAGUCUCCCCCAUAAGCCCCGCAUUUCGCUCCGGCAGUGGCCAUACGACGAGUUCUGGCGUCCAGGACUUUGGUUAUAAGGAUUACAGACGGGAGUCUGCUGCAAGCGCAGAUAGUAGCAACUCAAAAUCGAGUCAAAAUGGACCUCUUCGCAAACGCCUUCAUGGGCUGUUUGGUGUUGAAGAUAACACACAUGUGGAGAGCAGUGAUCGCGAAGAUUCCGACCCUAAUAUUCAAGCACCUGCAGGUCCGACGCGCAGUCGAAAUGACUCAACGAGCUCCAAGCAUCUCUCAGAUUAUUCCAGAAACCGCGCCGUUUCGCCGAGACCCUCGCGUCCACGAACACCUCUUCCGUCUAGUGAAGUCACGCCAUGGAUGUUCCAACAAUUUGGAGACAUUCCUCACUAUGGCGAGGCUCCUAUUCGAAAGGAACUUACCGGCCCAGAUAGCCAACGUUUCACCAACGGGAAAGCCUCAUCUAAUCACACUGAGCACAAAGCAUCUCACAAGCUCCCCUUUACUGGACGCCGCCAUUCUCGAAGCAAAGAGGGAAAACCUUCCUCUUCGGGAUCACUGGAAUCUGUGUUAAAAUCUGCGAACAUUGCCAACACCCAUGAAGAUGCGGAUACGAACUUCCGUCUUCGUGAUGCUGGAGGAUUGUUGGCAUCUACUGCAAUGAGCUCCUCAAGCACUCUAGCGGGCCGACCUAGCAGUCCUACACCGAGUGCGCGAAGCUCGGUUUUUCAAAGAGAAACUGGCUCCGGCCAAGACUCCCCAGGCAUGCAUCCUAAGCGGGGCUUCAUACAUCGGGUGUUCGGGAACAAACCCGCCCAUGCGUUGAAAAGCCUUCCUGGCUCAGAAAAGUCAUUAUCUGACCCCCUCAAAAUUGCGGCUAGGGCAUAUAGACGUGAUCCGUCUCCUGGUUUUCGGAAUCGGCAAGAAAAUGCCGAUAGAAAUCGCGUAUUUAAAUAUGACGAAAGUCAUCAGCUCGACCGCAAGAAAGAUGGGAGAGGGCUUAAACCUAAAAGAGGACGAAAAAACGUAUCAAAUAAGUCGCCGCCUCAUCAACAGCCGAGUAUGUUUACGCUAGACACUGAUCUUAAUGAUAUGAAAGGCAUUGUCAGUGAUCCUAGACCUUUAUCACCCACAGACCAGACGUUUGUCUUCGAUGGGAAUUUGCCGGAUGAAAAACUCCCGAAAGAAAAUCAGGGAGGAGACUGGUAUGCUCCUGAGAGUUGGCAAGUUAAGAGGCAAGGCGAUGAUAUCGUUCGCGGUCUUCCCGAAAUAGACAACGAGCUCGAAACAGCUGCCGCUGUGGAUAGUUCCAUGUAUUUCAUUCGUGUUUUCCGUAUUGACUUGACAUUUGCUACACUGUCCGCACCUCUGAACGCAACCGUUUCCGAUAUUCUCGAGCUACUUGGAAGGAAGUCCUUCUUACAGGACGAUCUCAAAAAUUAUGAGAUCGUCAUGCGCAGAAACGAAAUGUCGAGACAGCUAGAACAUGGUGAGCGCCCGAUUCUAUUGCAAAAGAGGUUGCUCCAGCAAGUGGGUUACCAAUCGAAGGAUAGAAUUGAGGAUGUCGGCCGUGAAGAUCAUAGUUACAUUUGUCGAUUCAUAUUCUUGCCAACCAAACUCAGCGGCUAUGUCAGCUUAGAUGCUGAUCCUGGGUUUAAUAAGAGUCAGAAGUUCAGCCAUGUUGAUCUUCAGGGCCGCAGCUUGGCUACCAUACCGAUAACGCUCUACAAGAGAGCCCCAGAAAUUAUUUCUUUGAACCUGUCUCGCAACCUUUCUCUGGAUGUCCCAUCAGAUUUCAUAACGAGUUGUAUCAACUUGCGUGAAAUCAAAUUUAUGGGAAAUGAGGCUUGGCGAUUACCUUCGAGUUUCCGCUUCGCAGCUCGGUUGACGUAUCUCGAUGUUUCUAACAACCGGCUUGAUCAGCUGGACCAUGCUGACCUUUCCGAGCUUAAUGGUUUGGUUAGCAUAAAAAUGGCUAACAACAAGUUAUCACAUUUGCCAUCCUAUUUUGGUGACUAUUCUUCGUUACGAAACUUGACGCUCUCUUCCAACAACUUUCAAGUUUUCCCGGAUUUCCUCUGCAAUCUUCCGAAUUUGGUCGACCUUGAUAUCAGCUUCAACAGCAUUCGCGAAUUACCUAAUAUAGGCCGGCUCAAAGCACUCGAGCGCCUGUGGGUGACGAAUAACAUGUUGUCAGGACCACUAGAUAAAUCGUUUCAAGGUUUAAGAAGUAUCAAAGAAAUUGAUGCUCGCUUUAACGCUAUUACAAAUGUUGAUAGCAUCAUGCGACUGCCUCGGUUGGAGCAGUUGCUGCUCGGACACAAUUCAGUGACGAGAUUCAAAGGAUCGUUCCCCAAGUUGCGGACACUGGUGCUCGACCAUUGCCCGAUUACACAAAUCGAGCUUGACGCACCAAUGCAGACCCUCACUUCUCUAGACAUAGCGUCGGCGAAGCUAGUUCAGUUGAAGGACUCGAUGUUUGAGUAUCUUCCUAAUCUCACCAAGCUGAUCUUAGAUAAGAAUCAUUUCUCCUCGCUCUCACCAUAUAUCGGAAAACUCCGUCGCCUGGAACAUUUCAGCAUGAUCAAGAAUCCUUUGAACACAUUGCCACCUACUAUCGGCUGUCUGCCGGAGCUGAAGUACUUGAACUUGAGAGAAUGUAACCUAGAACGGUUACCAUCAGAGAUUUGGUUUUGCUUGAAGUUGGAACAUCUAAACGUUUCUUCGAACAUUCUUGAUGGAUUUCCCAGACACACCGGUCAAGCUCCCUUGGCACCUGGUGAAUAUUUCGCGUCACCAGCAUCAACCCCCGGCUUAUCAAAGACUCCAAGUUAUGAGAAUAUGGACGCUAUUGAUGAAACUCAAUCACGCCGUCCAAGCCAAGGCUCAAAUGGCUUGCUGAACCUUGCUGCCUCGCCUGCUCUCGGUCGCAACUAUACUACUAGUGGUCGUAAGGCCUCGACAGCGUCGCGAGCAUACACUGAUGCAUCUAAUUCCACUAGAAAAGAUUCAAAUUUCGCACAGAGGCUGGCAACGACAUUUUCCGGUUCUCUGCGAAAUUUGUACCUUGCUGAUAACCGCUUGGAGGAUGACGUACUUAGAGAAUUGGCUUUCCUUCCAGAAUUGCGCGUUCUCAACCUCUCAUACAACUUAUUGACCGAAAUCCCUCAGGGAUUUCUCAAGAGAUGGCAGCAUCUCACCGAUCUUUAUCUUUCUGGUAACGAACUAGCAUCUUUACCUUCUGAUGAUCUCGAGGAGACGAGCAAUCUUAAGAUCUUGCAUCUAAAUGCGAAUCGGUUUCAGGUCUUACCAGCUGAACUCUGCAAGGUCAGCAAGCUGGCCAUAUUGGAUGUCGGCAGUAACCUGUUGAAAUACAACGUAUCCAACUGGCCCUACGAUUGGAAUUGGAAUUGGAAUCGCAACCUGAAGUAUCUAAAUUUCUCCGGAAACAAACGAUUAGAGAUUAAACCCAACAUUGCGUCCUUAGGCUCCUCGUCCAUUAAUGGGACGGAUCUGACGGGUUUCAAUUCACUCACGCAUCUACGUGUCUUGGGACUGAUGGAUGUGACAUUGACAAUAAAAACAGUACCGGAAGAGACGGAAGAUCGGCGUGUCCGUACUUCGGCAUCCCUAGCAGGUUCACUGGCGUACGGGAUGGCUGAUUUCCUGGGAAGAAACGAACAUUUGUCUAUCAUUGAUAUGAUGGUCCCUCGCCUGCGUGCGGAAAAUAUGGAUACUCUUGUUGGCAUGUUCGAUGGUCAAUCUCAGUCAAUAGGAGGCUCCAAGAUUGCAAAAUUUCUUCACGAGAACUUCACGCAUUGCUUCGUCGAGGAGUUGAAAAAAGUGUCAGUGGAUACGGACACUCCACUAGACGCAUUGAGGCGGACCUUUCUCACCCUCAAUAAGGAUAUGGCGGCCGCUGCAUACAAGUCUGUUGAUGACAAAGAAGUUCGUCAGUUUGUUCGUGGUUCAGCAGCGGCAAAAUUGCUCAAUCAAGAUGAUAUCAACUCCGGUGGUGUUGCUACAGUUCUCUAUCUUCGCAACAUGGACUUGUACGUUGCAAACGUGGGUGACGCACAAGCUGUUUUAAUCAGAUCAGAUGGAAGUCAUACACCCCUCACUUUCAAUCACGACCCGGCUGAAUGCCACGAGCGAGCUCGUAUACGAGAGGCCGGCGGUUUCGUCUCACGCAACGGAAAGUUAAACGAUGUACUUCCUGUCUCUCGCGCAUUCGGUUAUUUCCCCUUGAUGCCCUCCGUUAUCGCAGCACCACAUACUGCACACUUUACAUUAAAUGAGCAAGAUGAGCUGAUCAUCAUGGCAUCUCGAGAAGUAUGGGAUUAUGUGACAUUUGAUGUGGUAGUCGAUGUCGCCCGUGCUGAACGUAGGGAUCUGAUGAUCGCGAGCCAGAAGAUUCGUGAUCUAGCCAUAGCGUUUGGAGCUAGUAACAAAUUGAUGGUCAUGAUCGUUGGGGUAAGCGAGCUCAAGAAGCGUGAGAGAUAUAGGAAGCUUCGAAAUGCAAGCCUUUCUGUUGGACCGUCGUCAUUCCCCGAGGAAGUCCUUCCUCCGAAACGUCCUAAAAAGACCCGUGAUGCUAUUGGCGAUUCUAGACUUGCGCGCUUCGAUUAUGUCGAUGCGCCUGUGGGAGAGGUGGCAAUCAUAUUUACAGAUAUCAAAAAGUCCACAUCACUUUGGGAGACCUGUCCAGACGCUAUGCGGUCUGCAAUUCAAAUUCACAACGACAUUUUGCGCCGACAACUUGGUAUAUUCCGUGGUUACGAAGUUAAAACCGAAGGAGAUGCUUUCAUGGUAGCGUUUACCACAACUAGUGCCGCUCUGCUUUGGUGUUUCUACUGCCAGACACAAUUAUUGGAAGCCGAGUGGCCGAAAGAAAUUUUGGAGCAGCCGCAAUGCAAAGAAUGGUACGACAAAGAUGGGAACCUUAUCUUUAGAGGCCUUUCAGUUAGGAUGGGUAGCCAUUGGGGGGAACCGGUGUGUGAAAAAGAUCCCGUGACUAAUCGUAUGGACUACUUUGGUCCUAUGGUCAAUCGCGCAUCUCGCAUUUCAGCCGUGGCCGACGGCGGGCAGAUAUUUGUAUCAUCUGACUUCAUGAAUGAGCUGCAAAGAACGAGCGAGGCUUAUGCAGAAAGUGAGCGCUCGCCCUCGGUGAGCUCGGGAAGUGAUUACGAGAUGGGAGAUCCCCUUCAAAGCAUCCGCCGAGAAUUGCAGCAGUUGAAUAGCCAAGGCUUCAUCGUCAAGGACCAGGGGGAAAAGAAGCUCAAGGGCCUUGAGAACCCGGAAGCCGUCUAUCUCAUUUCCCCACAUUCGCUUUCUGGUAGACUUGUGGCUCAGGAGGGUAUGUCUUCAGACGAAGAUAUGUCUCCUGCAACAAUUGAACCAGGCUCUAAGCUUAAUAUCACCACUAACCAGAUUUGGCAACUCUGGGAGAUUACUCUUCGCCUAGAAAGACUCUGUAGUUCGUUACAGACGCAAGGACAGAGUCAUCUUAGUACUCCAAAUCGAUCACUGAUGAGUGCAAUCCAAAGAGGGGGCGGUGAAAUGGCGGACAGUACAAUUCUUGCAUUGCUCGACUCACAAGUCACAAGAAUUGAGUCCUGUAUCAAUACACUCACACUACGUCAUAUGAUGCGUCCAUUUAAACACGGGGACUCUUUACUUGACCAUGCCAUGCCCAUUGGAGAAAUUCUCUCGCAACUUCAAAGUCAACUCGCAGAAUUCAGAGCUCUCAAGGAACACCUUGACUUGGCUACUACGGGCGCUCCUGAUCCGGCGACCCAAAUAGGUCUGCAUCUGCAAACACCAAGUACCCAAAGCAGUGGGACUAACUCCGAAACGUCCUCCCGCAUACGGCUUCUAUUAUCACCUCCAUCCCCUGAGCGUUAA